ACUGAACCAGAGUUCAGACACCAUGACCCAAGCAGCGAUUGGAGUCAUCCUGGUAAUAGCUCUGCUGGAGGCGUACUUGCCCCUGGCGGGCACUGAGGAAAGAAAAGGAACUUCCAGUUCUUUCUCCGCCUUUGAUGAGAUUUUGAACUCUAAUCACACUCAGCUUACCCUCAAAAUAGACUUCUCUUCAAAAGUAGUCGAGCACGAGUAUAUAGUAGCCUUUAAUGGCUAUUUUACAGCAAAGGCACGCAGUCACUUCAUCAGCAGUGCCUUGCGGAGUGCUGACACAGUAAACUGGCACAUUUUGCAGCGUGAAAACCCAGCCAGCGACUACCCCAGCGACUUUGAGGUGGUGCAGAUCAGGCACGAUGCCCGCAAAAGCCUGCUUACGCUGCAGGACCAUCCUUACAUCAAGCGAGUCACCCCUCAGCGCAAGGUCUUCCGUACUCUCAAACUGCUCAGUGCGGGAGGUGAUGUCAGCUCGACCUGUAACGACACACGUUGGACGCAAAAGUGGCAGUCAUGGCAGACAUCUCGACCACUGAGGAGGACCAGUCUGUCUUUGGGCUCAGGGUUCUGGCACGCCACAGGCCGCCACUCUAGCCGCCGUCUGCUCAGGGCCAUUCCACGCCAUGUGGCACAGAUCCUACAGGCUGAUGUGCUCUGGCAAAUGGGCCAUACCGGAUCGGGAGUGAAGGUGGCUGUAUUUGACACUGGACUUAGUGAAAAGCAUCCACACUUUAAGAAUGUUAAAGAGAGGACCAACUGGACCAAUGAGAAGACGCUGGAUGAUGGUUUGGGUCAUGGUACCUUUGUAGCUGGCGUUAUAGCCAGCAUGAGGGAGUGCCAGGGCUUUGCCCCCGACUCUGAACUGCACAUCUUUAGAGUUUUCACCAACAAUCAGGUCUCUUACACUUCUUGGUUCCUGGAUGCCUUUAACUAUGCCAUCCUAAAGAAGAUUGAUGUCUUAAACCUUAGCAUUGGAGGACCAGAUUUCAUGGACCAUCCAUUUGUGGAUAAGGUUUGGGAGCUUACGGCAAACAGGGUUAUCAUGGUAUCUGCAAUUGGAAAUGAUGGUCCACUUUAUGGCACUCUGAACAAUCCAGCUGAUCAGAUGGAUGUGAUUGGUGUUGGAGGAAUCGAUUUUGAGGACAACAUUGCUAGGUUCUCUUCCCGGGGCAUGACAACAUGGGAACUGCCUGGUGGCUAUGGCAGAGUAAAGCCUGACAUUGUGACAUAUGGCUCUGGAGUACGUGGUUCUGGGAUGAAAGAGGGUUGUCGCUCUCUGUCUGGCACCAGCGUGGCCUCUCCUGUGGUGGCUGGUGCUGUCACUCUUCUUGCCAGUACGGUGUUAAAUAGAGACCUUGUAAAUCCAGCCAGUAUGAAACAGGCACUAAUUGCCUCAGCUCGCAGACUGCCAGGAGUCAACAUGUUUGAACAGGGUCAUGGGAAACUGGAUUUGCUCCGAGCUUACCAGAUCCUCAACAGCUACAGGCCCCAGGCGAGUCUCAGUCCCAGCUAUAUAGACCUGACUGAAUGCCCUUACAUGUGGCCAUACUGCUCCCAGCCCAUCUACUAUGGUGGCAUGCCAACCAUAAUCAAUGUAACCAUCCUGAAUGGAAUGGGUGUGACUGGAACGAUUGUGAACAAGCCAAUUUGGCAGCCAUAUCUGCCCCAGAAUGGAGACCAUAUUGAUGUUGCUGUAUCCUAUUCACCCGAGCUGUGGCCGUGGGCUGGCUACCUGGCGGUCUAUAUUUCUGUGGCCAAGAAAGCUGCAUCCUGGGAGGGGAUUGCUCAGGGUCAUGUGAUGCUCACUGUGGCUUCACCCGCAGAGAAUAAUUCUGCAGUUGGUGGGAAUAUAACCUCCACAGUUAAGCUUCCAAUAAAGGUGAAGAUUGUGCCCACACCUCCCCGCAGCAAGAGGGUGCUAUGGGACCAGUACCACAACUUGCGCUACCCGCCAGGCUAUUUCCCACGAGACAACCUGCGCAUGAAAAAUGACCCACUUGACUGGAAUGGCGACCAUAUCCAUACCAACUUCAGAGACAUGUACCAGCACCUUAGGAGUAUGGGAUAUUUUGUUGAAGUCUUGGGUUCACCCAUCACAUGUUUUGAUGCCAGUCAGUAUGGAACUCUGUUGAUGGUGGACAGCGAGGAGGAGUACUUUCCAGAAGAGAUCACUAAACUUCGGAGAGACAUUGAUAAUGGUCUGUCGCUUAUUAUCUUUAGCGACUGGUACAACACUUCAGUAAUGAGAAAAGUCAAGUUCUACGAUGAGAACACCAGGCAAUGGUGGAUGCCAGACACAGGGGGCGCCAAUGUACCAGCCUUAAACGACCUGAUCUCUGUAUGGGGGAUGGCCUUUAGUGAUGGUCUGUAUGAGGGAGACUUCACAAUGGCAGAUCAUGACAUGUACUAUGCCUCAGGCUGUAGCAUCUCUCGCUUUCCAGAGGAUGGGAUUGUUAUUGCACAGACCUUAAAGGAUCAAGGACUUGAAGUCUUAAAACAAGAAACAGCAGUGGUGGAAAAUGUUCCUGUGCUUGGUUUGUACCAAACACCUUCAGAAGGAGGAGGACGGAUUGCACUGUAUGGAGACUCCAACUGCAUAGAUGACAGUCACAGACAGAAAGACUGUUUCUGGCUGCUGGAUUCCCUGCUUCACUACACAUCGUAUGGUGUGACUCCACCCAGCCUCUUUCACUCACAGAACAAAGUGCCACCUCCUACAGGCACUGACAGGCCACUGCCAGAAAGACUGGAGGGUAAUCACCUCUACCGUUACUCUAAGGUGCUAGAGGCCCACCUGGGUGAUCCAAAGCCACGACCACUGCCAGCCUGCCCUCAUUUAUCCUGGACCAAACCUCAGCCACUUAAUGAAUAUGGUCCCAGUAACUUAUGGAAACACCAAAAGCUGCUGUCUGUGGACAUUGACAAAGUAGCGCUACCAAAUGUGAGACCAUAUCGGCCCCAGGUCAGACCUCUGUCUCCAGGAGAAAGUGGAGCUUGGGAUAUACCUGGAGGUAUAAUGCCAGGACGUUAUAAUCAAGAAGUUGGUCAGACAAUCCCUAUGUUUGCCUUCCUGGGUGCUAUGGUGGUUCUGUCGUUCUUUGUGGUGCAGCUGACCAAGUCCAGAAACAAGCCCAAACGAAGAAAGCCACGCGUCAAACGGCCAGUCUACUUUCAGCAGACUCAGCAGAUCCCUCACACAGUAAAAAGCCCUACAGUGUGACACUGCCCCUCACUAAAGCCUUAACGCACUUUCAAGACUUUCAAACAGUGUGUUCAUCAGUGUGUCACUGACUGAAGUCAUCAAAACUGCCACCCUCACUUCUGUUAGUGAGGUUUAUGGUCAUUGAUUUUCCCCUUGGAAAGAGCUUUUCAUUCCAAUGACCAAAAUCAUGAACUUUUUUAAUUUAUUGACCAUGCUCGAUUAAUGAUUCAGCAAUGAUUGAUUUGUAUUAAACAGACAACCAUGAUGAUACAUAGUACACAAAAGUGUAGAAAUCCUGGCUGUUUUUAAAACAAUUUUUCACACCACAAUAUUUUCAUAGUUCCAGUUUACUUUUGUCAUUUGCAAACUGUUUUUAUAAAAAUGAGCUUUUUUCCUUGUAAAUAGCCAUCAUGAUUUUUCAUUUUUGUUGGUGGAGUAGCAUUAAAAUAUUUAA